AUGGCCUUCCAGUGCUGCACAUGCUCGAGUGAGCAGCGCGAGAGGCCAGAGGUCGUCAGGUCCUCCGGAGCUCAGGGGCCCCGUCAGAGCGUGACUUCCAAUGGCUCCUCCCCGGGACGGACGUCGACGCACUUAGAUCCGAAGCCUGCUGGGCGUAACAUCGGUCUCGGAGCCGGGAGCGCUUUUGCGCGAACCGUGUCGCAGCAGUCAUCGAAUUCAGCGGAGCCGAGUGUUGCGCAGGCUGGGAAGGAAGGGUCCGACAUCCCAAGCGCGAGCAGCAAGACCAGCAACCCGCAAGACGGUGUGAAUCAACUGAUGCCUUUCAAGCGCCAGAAGACCCGCGACAACGGCACCUGGGGCCUGCAGCGCCGGAAAACCCAGGCAAUGGAGGACUACCUGAACCGGUCCCAGUCGUUGGAGGAGGUGCCCGCAGACGCCAAGGGCCCCCAACCGGUCACGCUGGACAACAUCGCGGUGAAUCUGCGCGUGCAGCGUGGCCCGGACUGGCAGCGGGGUCAGGAGGACGGCGGCGCUGGAAAGGUGGGCGUCAUCUUGUCUUUCGACACCACGAAGAUGACAGCACAAGUCCUCUGGGAAGGAUCUGGGAAGGCGCACUCCCACUACCAGUACGGAAAGUCGAAGGAGCUCGUGCUGUACGCGGGCAGCAACAGCACGCUGGCCACAGCACCGCUGGGCAGGCGAAACUCGCAGGCCUUCUUCGCGGACAAGGCGCAGACACUGCUCAUCUUCGACUGGGACGACACUCUCUUUCCCACGACGUACGUCCGCGACGAUCUGGACUUGAGUUGGAACAAGCCCCUCAAGGACCAGUCCUUGACUUGGGCCGAAAAGGCGGCAGCUUGCCGGGUGGACUGGCAGCUUGCGCCCUUCCUUCGCGGCCUUUGCGAGCCGGCCUUUGCCACAGAGGUCCGCGAUUUCAUCAGCCAACACGCCCAAGCCUUUUCGGAGCCCUGUGCCGACGGCUCCUGCCCUCUGAUUUGGACAGAGCUGCACGAAAAGUACAACGAGCUCUUUGAGCGGCAGCUGAGAGCAGUGGUACAGGAGGAGGGUUUCAGCCUGGAAGACUUCCGCGAGCAUCUCGCGGACCUUCGAGACUUUGCAGCGCUGCGAGCUCCCGAUGACUACCUUCCCGGAUGCGAGCCUUCCUACAUCCCUCCCAGCUCAGGUAUCCGUGUCGCCGAAUUCUGGGAUUUUCUGGAGGCGCUGACGGCUUCAACGAACUUCGACAGCUUUAAAGAGCUCAUGUGCAUCGGAGCGCAGGCACAAGGCCCAAAAUCGCCCGAUGUCCGCGGAUAUGCCGCGGUGCCUGCAGAGGCAGCGCAGCCGGUACAACAGGCCCCCUUUUUCAAAAACGAUAACAACCUAAAGGAGCCCUGGCUUGCAAGUGGCGCAUGCCAACGAGCCAACCCAACCACCAGGUUUGGGCGCUCCGAGCUCCGAGAAGUUAGCAUGGCACUUCCAAUCGAAGCUGUGCUUUUCCCAUGCGACUCCCUAGGUAGCCGAAUAAAGGAACCCGACACUCCCUGA